UAUUGUCUGUAAUGGAAUUAUAAAACUACUGUAAUUUGUGGAAUUUAACAUUGAAAAUAAAUCUCUUUUGUAUUAUAGUCACCAGGCCUCGAUACCAUUGGUGAAACCGACGAAAGCUAUCGGUCUGAAUCAACCCUCACCCCCACAUCGGCGUCGUCAUCAGAGGACGAAGGUGUAAAGGACUGGCUUGAAAAGAAGAUUAUUGUCAAUGAAUCCAGCUUCAUGUCACUAUUCAAAUUUUGCCAGAUGUGUGGGAAACCGAUUUCAUCGAAGACCAUCUUUGAUUCUGGGGCACAGAGGAGGGUGAAAUGGAUGUGUCUUGGGGGCCAUUCUGGGACCUGGACAUCUUCACCUGACGUAAGAGGAAUGCCAGAGGUUAAUCUCCUUUCAGCUGCAGCUGUUCUGUUCAGGGGCGGCACAUCCACGGAACUCUCAGACUGGUGCCAAACCAUGGGACUCCAAAUGAUUGGAACAACUACGUUUUAUAACAUUCAGAAGGCGUACUUGCACCCUGCUAUUGAGAACGGUUAUAGGGAGAAAAGAACAGAACUCUUGGCAAGAGUUUAUUUGGAACAGGAAGAUGGGAAGAGUCCACAUUUGGCAGGUGAUGGCCGAUGUGACUCGCCAGGCUUCAAUGCAAAAUACUGCCACUACACCUUUAUGUUGGACGACACAAAGGAGAUACUCCACACAGAACUGGUGCAGUGUACAGAGGCCACCAGCUCCGGAGCCAUGGAGCCACUGGGUUUUACGAGAGGAAUGACUGAGCUUCUGGACUUGGGCCUUGACGUGGAGGUGAUGGCCACGGACCGCUCCUCAUCAAUACAAAAAAUAAUUUGGGAACAAUAUCCUAGUGUCCAGCACGAAUUUGACAUCUGGCACACAGCCAAAGGUUUCAGGAAAAAGAUGCUGAAGAAGGGGAAAAAAAGGGGCAAUGAAAUCCUUCUUUCAUGGACAAGGUCUGUCGUCAACCACAUGUGGUUUACCUGUGCCACAUGUAAGGGUGACGUAGAGGCACUGCAAAAACGGUGGAAGUUCAUUCCACACCAUGCUUGCAAUGAACACGAAUGGACAGAUGGUGACGGAAAUCGUCAUCGGUGUGAACACACUCCUCUUACCGCCCGUGAGCAGAAGAAGAGGAUGUGGAUUGAGAAGGACUUGGUGGCAUUUCAGGACCUGUCGUCGCUGGUCCUAGACAAAAGGCUAUUGAAAGACCUCGAGAAGAUGGCUCUCUUCAAACAUACUGGUGAGAAUAGAUGCCCUUUUACUCUCGCAUAUUAA